CACACGGAAGCGUCGACACCUCCUGGAGAAAGAGGGACCUGCGCAGCUCUGUCCGGGACACCGACGGCGGCGGCGUUCACAUCCUGGGUCCGACAGCUCUCCCGGAGUCUUGGACGUGAGGCCGGAGGCCCCAGUCCCUGCGAGCCCAGAUGCCCAUCCAGCCUUCAGGCAAAGAAACAGAAGAGAUGGAGGCAGAAGGCGAUUCAGCAGCUGAGAUGAAUGGGGAAGCAGAUGAGAGUGAGGAGGAACGGAGUGGCAGCCAGACUGAGUCAGAAGAGGAGAGUUCAGAGAUGGAUGACGAGGACUAUGAGCGGCGCCGCAGUGAGUGUGUCAGUGAGAUGCUGGACCUGGAAAAGCAGUUCUCGGAGCUGAAGGAGAAGUUGUUCAGGGAACGGCUGAGCCAGCUACGCUUACGACUGGAGGAAGUGGGGGCUGAGAGAGCCCCAGAAUAUACAGAACCUCUUGGAGGGCUGCAGCAGAGCCUAAAGAUCCGUAUUCAGGUGGCAGGGAUCUACAAGGGCUUCUGUCUGGAUGUGAUCAGGAAUAAGUAUGAGUGUGAACUCCAGGGAGCCAAACAACACCUGGAGAGUGAGAAGCUGCUGCUGUAUGACACACUGCUUGGGGAGCUGCAGGAGCGGAUCCAGAGGCUGGAGGAGGACCGACAGAGCCUAGACAUCAGCUCAGAGUGGUGGGAUGACAAACUACAUAGCAGGGGCAGCUCGAAGACUUGGGACUCGAUGCCACCCAGCAAGAGGAAGAAGGCACCGCUCGUUUCUGGCCCGUACAUUGUGUACAUGCUGCAGGAGAUCGACAUCCUGGAAGACUGGACAGCCAUUAAAAAGGCCAGGGCAGCAGUGUCCCCUCAGAAGAGAAAAGCAGACGGACCCUGACCCUGCAUUUAUACUCGGAGGGUCCUGGGAGCAGCUGGUGCCGCACACAGGAUUAGCAUUUCUCUGCAAAGGCAGGGGGUUGCCUAGUAGCCCUCCAGUGUUACUGCUGACCCCUGACCCUCUGCCACCAACUGGCCUGGACUCCUCUGCUCUCCUUGGGAUCUGCAUAACUGUGGCCCUGAAACUGACCUGGCUAAGCAAGACUGUUGUCUCCAUCCCUGACCAGCCCACCCCCUCCCAAAGAAUAACUUCCCAAUGUCCCCCACAAAGAAAACAGGCCUCAUCCAGAGUCAAAGCAGCAACUCUCCUGACUUUCAACUCUGGCCCUCGGCCACUGAGCCAGGAUCCCGGCCCAACUGCAGGAGGAGCUCUCUGGAGCCAGAGACAUGCUGGGUCUUGCCCACCCUAGCUGCUGCUGGAGAUGAUGGCUUCCCAGGCUUUCUCAGGGCUAUUCCUGGUGUCUGCCUCUCAGAUUCCAAAGACUGGAAUAAAAUUUAACCUGGGACCAUGA